AUGCGUUGCAUCAUCGAGCAGGAACCCGACCCAGAGACGGGCCGGUACCGCUGGCUGAUUCAAGCCCACGACCCGUGUCAGUGUGCAGAGAUCGGAAUGGGUGGCUUCAGCACCUUCGUACCGUACAGACCCUACGAGGUGACGUACUAUGACACCUUUCUGAUCAGCAGCGAUCCUAAGCAGAUACAGCAAUGGCUGAACUGCACAGGAUUACUUCAUUCGUUCUAUUUCUCAGAUGGUCCUCCGUGCUCUGUGGGAGGGCCUCUCGGGAUGGAAGAUGGUCGCAUCCGGAAUGAAAGCAUCACAGCUUCGUCUGUCUGGGGAAACUUCACCAAUCAUGCCCCACCCAGGGCCAGACUUAACACUCAAGGACAUGCCGCAGCCUGGGUCAGUGCAGGAAACAGUGAUCCCAAUCCAUGGAUUCAGGUGGAUUUUGUUUCCAUGGUUACCAUCACUGGCCUGAUCACCCAAGGACGAGGUGAUCAAGUAGAUACUCAGUGGGUGACAGAGUACCAAGUGACGUACAGUGAUGACGGCCAGUCCUGGAAUCACAUGACUGAUGCCGACGGGGCGUCAGUCAAGUUCGCCGGUAACUCGGACAGAAACACGCUGGUGACCGCUCGUUUCUCGUCGGCCUUGCAUACCCGAAUCCUGCGCAUUCAUCCCCUGGAAUGGAGCACGCAUUGCAGCAUGAGGUUUGAGGUGAUCGGUUGCUAUACCAGUCAAAAUUAGCGCAAUUAAC